UAAACAAGGGAAGACGACCAGAAUACCUUAGUCGUGCCUCUAACCCGAAGACUGUCUACAUCUCUUUUAAGCUGUUGCCUGCAGCCAGUGUUUAAUCCAGAGAAGAGCCGCAACAACCGCCGAAAUGGUGGUGAAAAUACAUGUCAUUUACUGUGGUGGAUGAGGGUACCGGUCCAGGGUAAUGAAGCUCAAGACGUUGCUUGAGGAUGAAUUUCCUGGCGACCUUGAGAUUACGAGUGAGAGCACUCCCACAGUAUCUGGGUACUUUGAGGUGCUGGUGAAUGGCACGCUAGUCCACUCCAAGAAGAAUGGAGAUGGCUUCGUGGACAACAAUCAGAAGAUGGCCAAGAUUGUGAGUGCCAUUGAACAAGCUUCAGGCAAAUGAAGCUGCGCUGAUGUUGGAGUUUGUCUGUCUCUGUUUGUUGAGCUCUCUGAAAACGCAACAAUGAUGGUGACCUCCGAAGUGUCUCAGACACGGACGUUACUUGAUGCUUUCCCGCGCUUUCAUGGAGGAAGCUUUCCGAGCGGGCAAACUCCAGGAAACUCCAUAAUGCUAAGAGAAUUAAACAGAAUAAAAUUUUUUACACUUCUGUUUGCUUUUUGUUGAGAAUAAACAAAUUGGAAGUUUUUGAAAAUUUUGAAAUAAUAAUAAAAUAAGAAUUCUGGAAA